AAAAUAUUCAAAAUGAUGACAAUAAUGAUGCUUCACCAUUGCCGAAAUCUUCAACCAGAAAUCAAAAUCAAAGAAGUGUUACAUUUGGAGAUGAAGCAGGUAAUUCUUCAAUAUCUCAUGUAGCAACAAAUAUAUUAGAUAUGCUAUCAGAAAAUGAUAAUGAAGAUAACGAUGAUAGCCAAUAUAAUGAUAUAUAUG